AAGACUCAAAACUCAAGUGUUUUGUUUUAAACAACAAGAAAAGAAGUUAGUACAUGUACCCUUGUAACGUGUUUUGGAAAUUCCUUUUUUAAAAACGAAAUUCGGAAAAAAUUAAAAAUUACAACAAUUACACACCGAAAGAACAUGGAAUUUGGAACCAACAAGAGGGACUUGUUCUACUAUACUGUUCCUUUUUAUUCAAUUUCUUCAUCUUAUUCUUCCUCUUUCGCCUCCCUUCUGUAUUGGGUUUAUUUUUGUUUUUCUCUUUUCUAUUUAUUCUUAUUAUUUACCUCAUCAUUUUUCAUUCAUGUGUUCUUGGCUGUCACGGGAAGAAUAUAUAGUUGCCCAUAUGUAAUAAGGGGUUGUUUUAUUUUCAACAAAGAUUGGAUUUUUAGGGUUUUCUUGAAAGAAAGAUCUGAAAAAUGGAUGGUGGGUCGGAAGGCGAAGGCAAUAGGAACGUUAAUCAGAGUUCAUCUGAAGGACCCAAGAAACCAAAACGGCAGAUGAAGACUCCCUUUCAAUUAGAAACCCUAGAAAGAGUCUAUGCUAUGGAGACGUAUCCAUCUGAGGUCACUCGAGCUGAGCUAUCAGAAAAAUUAGGUCUAACGGAUCGGCAAUUACAGAUGUGGUUUUGUCACAGGAGGUUAAAGGAUAAAAACACCUCAGGGGGGACAGAAAAGAAGCCACGUGCUGGUGAGUCAGGUGGGAGGAGGAACGUGACAGUGUCACCUAGGGAGGAUUUAAUGGUUGCUGAAGCUGCUAGUGAUCGUGGCUCAGGAUCAGCUUCAAGGUCCGGGUCAGGGUCAGGGUCAAGUCGGUUUGAUAAUGGGGAUGGUAUGCCAACACCGCCUAUAAGAUAUUAUGAAUCACCUAGGAGGACAAUGGAGCGCAGGGUGAUAGCUUGUAUAGAGGCACAAUUAGGAGAACCUUUACGUGAAGAUGGUCCUAUUCUUGGGGUAGAGUUUGAUGAGCUGCCACCUGGUGCAUUUGGAACACCUAUUGAGAUGGCAGAACGUCGGGACCAUUACAGGCACUCUUAUGACAGCAAAUUAUAUGGAUCAUAUGAUGCUAAACAAAUUAAUGUUGGGUCAGCUCUCUCUCUAUCUCCGGCUCUGACAAGUGGCCAUCGUGAACCUGCUGAGCCCAAGAUUGUAUCUGAUAAAUAUGGACAAAUUGCAGCCUCUUACCUUUAUGAUUCACCUGUUGACGGCCCUUCUAAAAACUUGCCCAUCAUGCAAGGGAAUGGGCAUUUUGUUAGGGAAUAUGGCGUUGAAGGUCAAAGCAUUAAUGUAAUGUCUCAACAGAGCAGGCAGGGACGCUUUCCAUCACCUCAACAGGAUAAUGAAUUUGUCCCUAGUAAUGAGGACAUGUUGCAAUUGGAUCGGAAGCGCAAGCUGAGUGAAGAAGCUCGAAUUGGGAAGGAAGUUCAAGCCAAUGAAAAAAGGAUCAGGAAAGAACUUGAGAAGCAAGAUCUACUACGACGGAAAAGGGAAGAACAAAUGAAAAAGGAAAUGGAGAGACAGGAUCGUGAAAGAAGAAAGGAAGAACAAAGGCUGAUGCGGGAACAGCAGAGGAAGGAGGAGCGAUUUCAGCGCGAGGAAAAGCGUGAAAUGGAGAGGAGGGAGAAGUUUUUGCAGAAAGAGCUCUUGAGGGUGGAGAGGAAGAAGCAAAAAGAAGAGCUUCGAAAAGAAAGGGAAGCUGCAAAACAGAAGGUUGCUAUGGAGAGGGCAAUGGCGCGCAGAAUUGCCAAAGAAUCAAUGGAGCUGAUUGAGGAUGAGCGCUUGGAACUCAUGGAUCUGGCUGCUUCUAGCAAAGGGUUACUAUCAAUUGCGUCUCUUGAUUAUGAUACUUUGCAGAACCUUGAGUCAUUUCGAGAAUCUUUGUGUGAAUUCCCUCCCAAGUCUGUCCAAUUGAAAAGGCCAUUCUCCAUCCAACCCUGGAAUGCCUCAGAUGACAAUGUUGGGAAUCUUCUUAUGGCUUGGAGAUUCUGCUUAAAUUUUGCAGAUAUUCUGGGGCUUUGGCCUUUCACUCUUGAUGAAUUUCUUCAAGCUUUCCAUGACUAUGAUUCCAGAUUGUUGGCUGAGAUACAUAUUGCUCUUCUGAAACUGAUUAUAAAAGAUAUUGAAGAUGUUGCUCGAACUCCUUCUGGUGGGCCUGGAACAAAUCAGUAUAGUGCUGUCAAUCCCGAAGGUGGACAUCCUCAAAUAGUUGAAGGGGCAUAUCUUUGGGGUUUUGACAUACGCAAUUGGCAGAAACACUUAACUCCUUUGACAUGGCCUGAAGUACUGCGUCAAUUUGCGCUCUCUGCUGGAUUUGGACCUCCAUUGAAGAAAAAGAGAGAAAGGGCUUGUUUGAAUGAUUCUGAUGAGACUAAAGGCUGCGAAGAUGUUGUAUCCACCCUGCGAAGUGGUUCGGCAGCUGAAAAAGCUGUUGCAAUUAUGCAAGAAAAAGGAUUUAUGUCGCAGCGCAAAUCCAGGCAUCGAUUGACACCAGGGACUGUGAAAUUUGCUGCUUACCAUGUUCUCGCUCUCGAGGGAGACAAGGGCUUGAAUGUUCUAGAUAUUGCGGAAAGGAUUCAAAAAUCUGGCCUACGUGACCUUUCAACAAGCAAGACUCCAGAAGCCUCUAUAUCUGUUGCUUUAUCAAGGGAUCCCAUACUUUUUGAAAGAAUUGCUCCUUCAACGUACAAUGUGCGACUUGCUUUCAGGAAGGAUCCUGCUGAUGCUGAUGCAAUUAUUUCAGCAGCCAAGGAGAAAAUACAAAGAUAUGCUAAUGGAUUUCUCUCUGGACAAAAUGCCGAAGAUGAAGAAAGAGAUGACGAUUCUGAAGGUGAAGGUGAUGUUGCUGAAGGUCCAGAAGUCGAUGACCUGGGUACUCCAUAUGGUGCAAACAAGAAUAGUGAGCAAUGCAGCAUACUUGACACCUGCUUGGUGAAUGGAAAAAGUAAGCCCUCUGAUGAGGUUGCACAACAAAUUGGAGUUGAUGUUGCUGGUAUUGAGGGAAGUAAUCCUAGCCAAGAAUGCUCAGAAAUUGAUGAGAGCAAAGCAGGUCAGCCAUGGGUUCAAGGACUCACUGAAGGUGAAUACUCUGACCUAUGUGUUGAGGAGCGUCUAAAUGCUCUUGUUGCCUUGAUUGGCAUAGCAAAUGAAGGGAAUUCUAUCCGUGUAAUUCUUGAGGAUCGUCUGGAUGCAGCAAAUGCUUUGAAAAAACAAAUGUGGGCUGAAGCCCAGUUGGAUAAAAGACGAUUGAAGGAGGAGACGAUCAAUAAAUUUACUGAUAGUUCCUUCAAUGCUGUGGUAGAGGGCAGCCAAAGCCCAUUGGGAUUUCCAAACAGUAAAAAUCAAGGGACAGCACCAACCACGUUGGUUAAGGAUGAAUCUGCUGUUGUCGUAGACAAUGUUCAGAACCACUUUGAAAGCAUCUCUGCUGAAAAGAGUUCAGUGGCACAAGAAACCUUCAUGGGUGAAUUGGCCAUACAGCCUAGUGGGAGUACAGCAGAAAGGUCACGCAUGCAGUUAAAGUCUUUCAUUGGCCACAAAGCAGAAGAAAUGUAUGUAUACAGGUCAUUGCCUUUAGGUCAAGACCGCAGACGCAAUCGCUACUGGCUAUUUGUUGCCUCUGGUUCUAGCGAAGAUCCUGGUUCUGGUAGGAUAUUUGUUGAACCACCUCAUGGCUGCUGGAGACUUAUUGACACUGAAGAGGCAUUCGAUUGUCUUUUGGCUUCUUUGGAUACUCGAGGGGUCAGGGAAUCACAUUUGCAUAUUAUGUUGCAAAAGAUUGAGGGUCCUUUCAAAGAACGUGUGCGACGAUCUUAUGAUGAUAUCAUAGUUCAACAUGGAAACAAAUGUAAAAAUGAAUCUUCUGCAGCUAGUUCAAGCCCAGCCUCUGGUGCAGGUGCUGACAGUCCUAGCAGUACCAUUUAUGGUAUGGGUUCUGAUAGCUGGGAAACAUCUUCGUCGUUUAAAAUUGAGCUCGGGAAGAAUGAGGAAGAGAGAAGGAAUGCCUUCAAGAGAUACCAAAGCUUUCAGAGCUGGAUGUGGAAAGAAUGUCUCAGCUCAUCAAUAUUAUGUGCCAUGCGAUAUGGGAAGAAAAGGUGCUUGCCGCUUUUGGGCAUUUGUCGCCAUUGUUUAGAUUCUUAUCCUUCAGAAGAGGGCAACUGCCCUUCUUGCAACAAGAUGAGUAGCAAAGUUGACAUGAAUGCUGAGUUCCCAGAGCAGGCAAUGGAUUCUAUGGACAAUCUUAAAAUUGAUUACAAUAAAUUGGCGGUUUCAAAUGCUUGUCCUCUAAGAGUCAGAUUGAUGAAGGCCCUAUUGAGUUUCCUUGAGGUUUAUGUGCCAUGUGAGGCACUUCAAUCAUCUUGGACAGAAGACCGUAGAAGGACAUGGGGCAUGAAGCUGCAAAAUUCGUUGUCUCCUGAGGAUCUUCUCCAGAUUCUGACUCAGUUGGAGGGCGUCAUCAAGCGUGAUUACUUGUCUGCCGACUAUGAGACUGCAGAAGAAUUGAUGGGUCUAUGUGCUUUAUCGAUAAAUGCGGCUUGUGAAUCUACUUUCCCUGGAUCUGUGCCACAACUCCCUUGGAUACCUCAGACCACUGGUGCAGUGGCUCUCAGACUUUUGGAGCUUGAUGCCUCGAUAUCCUAUGAUCCUCAGCAGAAAACGGAGGCUGAGUUAAAAAAUAAAGUAGAUAGCCUUCCAGUUGAGUUGUCUUCUCCUCUAAUUCAAAAUCCAUCUUUGGGGUAUGCUUGUAUGAAAGAUCUGCAAAAGGUAGAACCAGAGGUAGAUCGAGAUGGACCGUUGAGAGAAGAGAACUGGGAUUACCUCAGCAGUAUGCCUAGCAGCUCAAGAAGUAGGCAAGUUGUUCGUGGGCGAGGAGGUGGUCGUCCCCGUGGAAGGCUGCAGAAGGGAUCUGCUAGCAAAAUAUCAGAAUCUGGCAGGGCUGGUGUAAGGCCUAUUGAGACGUUAACUCAAGUUCUUAUUAAGCAGGGAGAAACACAUGGACAGAGACAUGUACGAGGUCGCCGAACUGUUAGGAAGAGGAGAAUAGAGAAGAAAAUUGUUGAAGAGAUUCAACCAGAUUAUUUGGGUGAUAAAGGCAGCCGACUAACUUUUGUAGUACCACCUAGAAAGCAUGGGAGAGAAGAGUUUGACAUGAAUGUUGAAGGAAUAGAAGCCACAAAUGAUGAUAGUAAUAGUAUGGAAGCUGCUGAUUCUGAUGACUGUGCUCCCGAAAAUACAUACCAGUUUAACAGGAGUGAUUUAAUGGAAAUGUCAGAUGAGGAUCAGGAUGGUUUUGCUUGUGAUGGCAAUGACGAUGACAACGAUGACGACGAUGACGAUGACGAUGAUGACCCUGAUAAUGACAACGAUGAUAGAUACAGAAGCCAUGGCCAAAAUAUGGAAAGAUAUGGUAACAUGGUUGAGGACGACUCAGAUAGGGAUGGGGAUGUCAAUGAGGAUCAAGAGUCGGACUCUUCAGAGUCCGGAGAUUAUAGUGAUUGAGGUUGCCAAGAGUUUCAGGGGGGGCUUGACAGCCGUAAUAUAGUCGAUCGCCAGAGCACACAGAGGUCUGGUUUGAUUACAUUCUUUUUUUUUUCUUUUUGAUAAACUUUGGUAUUCUUUUGAGAUGGAGCCCGAGAGUAGGCUUGUCUUUGUGUAUAGUCUUAAAAGGAGCAAUUUUAUCAGCAUUUUAUCUUCAUAGCAGAUGUCAGAAUAGUAUAAAAUUGGUUAGUCCGACUUCCAGUAUCGUCGUGCAAUUGUGUAAUAUGGGGGCUGAUACAACCGCUCUUUCAAAUUCCGCAGCUGCACAUUUCUGAUCAUUUUUACUUCUAUGUUAAUGAGUAGUGGCCUUAUCAUUGUGA